AGUGCGUCCUGCUGUUGUUAUGGAAACCAGUUUGCGCUGCGUAUUCGGUUCAGAAAACCAACGGGGAGUUCUCUGUAUUAAAACAUGGAAGUUUUACAAGAGCUGGAGGAGAGUGAUGUGACAGAUGAUGAAGAGGAGGAUGGAGAAAGAGCUCAGGAUGAAGAUGUGGGAGUUCUCCGUCUGUCCAACAUUCAAAUAACUUCUACUACACACACUGCAAAGCAAAGACCUCAAGUGGACCCUUCACAAUGUCCGUCUUCAUACAUCGAGAACUCACCACAGGAAAAAUUCAUGCUCGCAAUGGCUGAAAACUUUCGGCAACAGUAUGUUCUUUUGUACCCCGAUCGCAAACCACUUCUGCUGUGUCCCGUUAAUGAGUGUGGAGUUCAGAAGUUUGUCAGCACCACCCUGCGCUGCACAUUGCUCCCUUAUCCAGAGCUGUACAGCUGGGAAGGAUGUGCCAGUUUUGUAUCCGAUUAUCUUUCCUUGGAAUUACUGGACCCGCCAUUUGAAAUACCCAAGCAGCUGUCAUCUCCCACCUGGGUUGUGCAGACACAGAAGGGCACGUGCUUUGAUUUCUCUUGCCUGCUGUGUAGUCUCUUGUUGGGCGCGGGAUACAACGCUUACUGUGUCAGCGGGUACGCCAGUAAGGAGAUGUGUCUCCUUGAUCAGUCGCACCAAGAGUGUCCUCAACUGGAGCCUGAAAUCCAAGUUAAUGAAGACCAACAGACGCAGACGAAGAAGAAAUACUCCGUUAAACCACCACGUGAUCUUCAAAGCUCCUUUGAGAAACAUCAGGAUAAGAAACGGCAUGCGAAUGCUAAAGCAACUGCCCUGAAGAAACAAAAAGAGGCGGAGAAACUUCAGAAGGAGCAAGAACGUCCCCCACCAGACGCUCUUCUGGGGGUGAGGGUUCACAGCUGGGUUCUAGUGCUGUCAGGGAACCGGGAGGUCCCUGAGAACUUCUUCAUUGACCCACUGACUGGAAAGAGCUACACCACCACAAAUGAAAACUUCCAGGGCAUAGAGAGCAUAUGGAACCAACAAAACUAUUGGGUCAACAUGCAGGAUUGCCGUUUUGGUUGUGCGGAGAUGACCUUUGCCUUGAGCGAUCUAUCAAAGUGGGAGUAUAUGUUAUGUGGCCCUUCUAGCCAAUCACUAUCCAUCAUUCCAGAGCCAAAGGAAACAGAAGACGAAGAAGAUGAAAUGGAAGAGCAGAAAGUAUUUGAGAUGCCUCCAUCUUGGGUGGCCAAAAUAGACAUUUCUCAAAUAGAUAUGGAAAUGCGUUAUCCAGGAGGCACGAAGGUAGUCCGGUAUAGGAAAGCCAAGCUGGAAAAGUUUGCACCUUACUUUAUGAAAGAUGGUCUGGUGACCAGAUUUACCACCUACAAAGACAUUGAGUGCACCCAACCCGACACUGUUAAGGAGUGGUUUAAACAUCGAAGGGAUUGUCUUGAGGAGAGAGAACUGAAGACAGACACCAAUGUGACAGCUGAACUUUUUAGACCUGGAAGAAGCGAUGCGCUUAAAUACCACAGGUACAUCACUAUGGUCCCGGAGACUGAGCGUCAAAUGGACUUUUAUAGCCAUACUCGCUACGACGGUCUAGCCCGCAGAAUCGAGAAGCCUUUCGAAAUGACAGAAACCUUUGAAGAUCGGACAGACUUCCUCUUUAAUCGACAUGUUGUUUAUGGAAAGAGGGUCAAAGUGUCUCAGUCUGGAGAAACUCUUGAACAACGACCUCUACAGAAGGUAAAGGAGAUGUUCCACAGAGAUCCUUCUAGACCCAGCUGUAAGGAAGUUGCUAACAGAGACUUUAUGAUAUCGGAGGGGCAGAUUCACGUGACCUAUCAUCUAGAGCAAAGUCGGAUAAUCCCAUUUUGGCUGAAUUUCAUCAAACCCAAAGAAGCAGCAGGAUCGGAAAAAGCACAAGCUUUCACUCCAGACAUGGUUUCCGGCUUUCAGGAUGAUCCUUCUACGAAACCCUACAAGAACCUGAAACUGUAUGAGAUGCUUGUGGAUCUGAUGAGAGAUGAGGAAAAUGUUGUGCUUCAAAUUAAAGAUUCUGAGAAAGAGGUUAAAUCCGUACUUUCUGCAAGAGAACAGGAGGAAAAAAAUACGGAGCUUCAGAUAUCUAUUUACAACGCCACGAGAAAUGAGACUGCAUGUCGUCGCACAGAAGAGACGGAGCGUAUAGCAAAAGAAAAACAGAAACAGCAGCAAUCGAAGAAACUGGACCCGCUGGAGCCCUUUCUGGUCCAGUUGGGACCCACAAGACCCCUUACACUCCAGGCUGCUCUUCAGAUAAAAACAGAGUGUCUGGCUGAACUUAAACAGCAGUUUAUUAACAAAGCCAAAAUCAUUCAGAGCCGACUUGAAAAGGAAUCUGAGGAGUUGCAGAAGAAACAGUCGUGGUACCAGAAGAACCAGCUCAACCUGACCAAAGAGGAUGAAGAUGAGUACCAUGCCUACUGCUCUGAUGCGCUGCUCCGAAUCCACAUCCGCAAACAGAGACUCGAUCGUUACAAGGAGAAGGCACCCAUUACGUUCCUGGCACUGGAGGAAAAGCUAAACCGAGAUCCAAGGUUGAACAAACAUUUUAAAACGGCACAAUUAAAUGAAGCUUAGUAAUGUCAUUCUACCAUUAAUCCAAAUGUUUAAUAAAAAUAAAACCAAGCUUGA